CAACGACCCGGUCGUCCUCGCCACAGCGGCCAACUCGACCGCCACCUUCGAGGUCCUCCAGCAGCGGUGGAACGCGAGCGGCACGACCGAGCCCGUCAACGCCGUGUGGGCCGCCGACCCGUUCGACCGCACCAAUCGUGACGCCGUCCUGCAAGUUGCGUACCCUGCCGACUCGCGAGAAGGCGCCCAGUUCAACAUGGCCGUGUUCCCGAGAAACUCGAGCGUCCAGACGGCGCUGCUCAAGUACCAGGUCGCGUUCGACCCCGAUUUUACCUGGAACCGCGGCGGCAAGCUCCCCGGGCUGUACGGCGCCGCACCAGGCGCAGCCGCACGAUGCAGCGGCGGCCACCACGGCUCGGACUGCUUCUCGGCGCGGCUCAUGUGGCGCAAUCGCGGCGCAGGCGAGGUGUACGGCUACAUUCCGACGUACGACAACUUCUGCGGCCAAGACGACGUGACGUGCAACGAGGGCUACGGCACGAGCCUGUCGCGAGGAGCGUGGACGUUUCCUCGAGGAGGCUGGACGACCAUCACGCAGCUCAUCGCGCUCAACACGCCGGGCGUCGCCAACGGCCUGCUCUACGUCUGGAAGAACGACACGCUCGAGGCGGCGCACAGCGGCAUCGUGUGGCGCACCAACGAGUCAGUCACGAUCACGAGCGUCUUCUUCAGCACCUUCUUCGGUGGCAGCGACGAUAGCUACAACAGCCGAGGCGGCGACUCGAGCUACUUCCGCCGGUUCGAGGUGUGGAGCUCGACAUUCCCGUCCAACACGUCUGGCCCGACCGUCGAGGCGAGGUUCGACGGCACCGCCUCGUCGUGCUCGCACCCCUUCCCCUUCUCGCUCGUCCGCCUCGUCCCUCUCACGCUCCUUGUUGUCGUCCUCCUGCAAUGUACACUCUGAGUCGGCGCUGUGCGUCGUCUCGUUGCUCUGCUUCGCCGG